UCUGUGUCCUCAGACGACCCUUAUGUUCAUCACCUGGGCAGCACAUGCAGGUGGACUCUCAGGAUGCCUGGAAACAGGAGCGGGGAGGCGGUUCCACUCCCACCGGACUAUUUAGACACUCUGGCUGAGUGGAUCUGCCAGGACCUGAAAUGUGGAGGAGUUCAAGCCGUGCAGAAAACCAACCUGCCUCUCAGAGACAAGUGCUUCCAGAACUGUGUGUACCGGGAUCAGCGUCUGCGGAGCUGCUCAGAGACGUCGACUCCAGGAUGCAUCGGCCUCUCAGACGUGGUUUGUGGUCAUCAGUCCGUUCGGCUGAAGGGAGGUGAUGGCCAGUGUGCCGGGCGGGUGGAGGUGUGGAAGGACAUGGUGUGGGGCACGGUGUGUGACGACAGAUGGGACCUGAGAGAAGCCAAGGUGGUUUGCGCCCAGCUGGGCUGUGGGACCGCUCUCAGGGUGACGGGUCAGAACGGGUUGUUCCCUCCAGGGAGCGGACCGAUUCACCUGGACGAGCUGAACUGCACCGGGAACGAGCAGAACCUGUGGGACUGUCCGGGUGUCCAGGAAAACUCCGACUGCGGACACAAAGAGGACGCUGGUGUGGUGUGUUCAGAUUCGAAGGCGUUUUUUGGACCCACAGAAGGUGUGACUGAGUCGCUGACCACAGCUCGUCCUCCGUCGCCUGAACAUCUCAGCAUCGCGGUUCUGGCUCUUGCUCUGCUUGUGUUUGCCACCCUGAGUUUGGUUCUCUGCUGCCUUUACAGGCGACGACACGUGCUGCUGCUGCAGCAGCUUCGCUCCAAGCAGGCGGCGCCCAGCGAUCCUCCUCUGAACCUCUACAAGGUGGACCAGAACCUGGACCAGAACCUGGACCAGAACCUGGUGAGAGCCGGUCCCGUCCUGCUGCAGACCGGCGUCCCGUCCGACUCCAGGACGGUGUGGACCCCGGUCAGAGCGGACGGCGCGUCAGGAGACCCAGACCGCGAUCCGACGGUCAGGAUGUCCACCUUCCACAAUUCUCAGAGAUACAGACCAGAACUGAAGCCGUCAGCUGUGAGGGGCCCGAGUGACGAAGACCCAGACGGUCGGUCUCACCGAGUGUCCAGAAUCUCGGAGGAUUCCUUCGACUCGUCCAGCACCUCGUCUGGCGAAAGCUAUGAAAAUGUGGCUCCCAGCCAGAACCCGACCCGGUCAGGUGGGUCCAGAAGCCAACAGAACCUGACAUCAGAACCGGGUCAGAACCGGGCUGGGAGCCCGCCGCCCUACACCAACACUGGUUUCCAGUUUGCACUGGGAGGACAGGGGGCGGAGCCAAGCUCAGGUGAUGAUGGUGAAGAUGAUUAUUGUCCUGUGAGCCCAGACUGAAAACCUUCAUCUGAUGAUGAUGAUGAUGAUGAUGAUGAUGAUGAUGAUGAUGAAGGACAGCCCCCAACCCCAGAGGAACAUUCAUGGAUUCAUCUUCAGAUGGUGAAACGAUUAGAAGCAGAAAUCAGAUUCAAACUUUGGUCCAAUCAGCAGAGAGGAGCAAACUGAGCACGUCAGGAGGCGGAGCCAGUCAGAGCCAAUCAGAGCCAGUCAGAGCCUGUCAGAGCCAAUCAGAGCCAG